GUCUGUAAUGUGGUAGGGUACUGAUAAGGGGUUGAUAGGUUGGUUAAGAGGUGCUCGCUAACGGCACCGUAGUCUGUAGCGUAUCUGAUGUGUGUAGCAGUUGUGUGUGUGUUGUGCAUUCUCUAUUGUGUGUGUGUGCUGUGAGUGGGUCGUGUGUUCAGUAUGCUGUAUUGUGUGUGCUGUAUUGAGUGUGUGUUGAGUGUGUUACUGUAUGCCUCUGUCGUGUCCUCUGUUGGUGUUGUUGUCUCAGUGUUGUUUGGAUUGUGUGUCCAUCGCGUGCCCUCUGUUGUGUACAGAAAUGGGUGGGCGACAUCAGCUCGACUGUGGUCGGAUAUCCCAACUCGGAUAACAAAAAACAAAAUGUGAACGGUUGAGCCAGACGUCAAACUUUGCCAAACUUAAAAGAGUUAUGUAAGGAAGCUAUUAUCAAAACAACAGCUUGAGUGGGAAGGGCUUGUGAAUAAUUUGGUCAUACGUUGUUUUCAGUAUUUGUUUUCCUGCUGACAAGCUAUAAAAAUGUGUUUGUAAUGCCUAAACAGUUGCCUGUGCCUGGUGAACAGGUGGAGUCUCAGCUCUUCAUGAUGGCUCAUGGUGGCUUUUAAAAAAAACAUGUUGAUCAACACGCAUGAGCUAAUGUGUAAUCUGUAAGAUCUGCGGGUACAUCGCCGAGGUUGUGAAAGUUCAGCAGAGAUUGCGUCGCCCAAGUUUAAAAGCCAGCCCGAGUGUUUGUGAAACAUAAAGCUUGUUUGUUGGCUAUCCAAGUCGGGUUUUAGUCUUAGAAUAAUCUUUAGUGAUUAAGCCAUUUAAGUUAAUCUUGUAAUACAAUGUUUGGUCUCUUAGGCUACUAACACCCUGAUUAAUAACCACAUUGUACUGAAAGUGGAAAUUCUGGUUCAACUCUUGUAUGAUUUAUUGAACUCCGAUGACCAAGCUGGUAGCCGUGUUUUAUUUUAUGUACAAGUUUUCUUCUCGCUCACCAUCGUCAGUCUCUGCUUCCAUCGUUAACAACUUUUGACAGUCAUGAAUAAGGCAUUAUGGGCGGGGAGGUCUGGCCACAACUAGCUGCUGGAACAUCGGAAGUGGAUUGGUGUGAGCACAACUACGCCAUCGUUCCCACCAUCGCGGAAUUCUACAAUACGUUAAGCAAUGCGCUGUUCUUCGUGCUCCCGCCUUUGUGCUUCCACUUAUCGCGGCCAUACGCACGACACUUCAAUCGUGGCAUCAACCUCAUCUGGGCCCUUCUGCUGGUUGUUGGUGCCGGCUCCGCUUACUUCCACGCCACGCUCAGCUUCCUGGGGCAGAUGCUGGACGAGCUGGCCAUCCUUUGGGUCAUAAUGUCUGCGCUAGCCAUGUGGUUCCCGCGCCGUCUGCUGCCUCAAGCCUUCCGCAAAAACCGGGGCAGGUUCAAGGUGGUCAUGUGCGCGCUGACCCUGGUGGUGACGGCGCUGGCGUUCGUGAAUCCUGCUCUCAACAGCGUGACGCUCAUGGCCUUCGGGAUCCCGUGCACCGUGCUGCUCAUCACCGAGCUCAAGCGCUGUGACAACAACCGCGUGUACAAGCUGGGCCUGGUGGCCGGGGCCUGGUGGACGCUUGCUUUCCUCUGCUGGAUCAGCGAUCGCCUCUUCUGUGACCUCUGGGAGGCAGUCAACUUCCCCUACCUGCACUGCUUCUGGCACGUGCUCAUCUGCCUGGCGGCGUACCUGGGAUGCGUGUGCUUCGCGUACCUGCACGUCCUCUCGGAGGCGCCGGAGCGAGGGCCGGCGGUCCGCUUCUGGCCCAGCGAGCGCUGGGCCUUCAUCGGGGUUCCCUACGUGGCGCUGCUGUGCGUGCCAGAGCAGCGCCGACACAAGACGCUAUGACGGCACUCGGUUUUGUCUUUUUUAGGCACAGCAAUUUAAUUUAAUGUAUGUACGUCUGUAUGUAUGUAUGUACGUCUGUUGCUUUAGCCAACUUUGCUAAUCAGAUGUGUGGGGGGAAGAACAACAAACUAAACACGAAAAGCAGUUCUGAAGAAAUUGUUUUCCAAUCUAGAUUUAAACACGAGAAGUAUACUACGUAUGUACGUAAGCACACACACAAUGACAGCAGUCGUUCAAAUCCCGCACUUACGAUUAGCAUGGUUGGCUACGUACAUUGCAAAAGAAGUUCAACAUGCAUACACACAUAUCGCCGUGGCGCUUGUGCCAGGCUAGGUGCACUUUGAAGCCACGUAGAAUGGCGAAGGCUUGCUGAUAGGUCAUGGGCCAGCCGUGGGUGUUAACGGUUGACACACUUGGGGUGGCUGCCACGUGUACGUAUGUAUCCAAAAUGUUAUUUUAUUUAUCCGGGAAAGCCUCAAAAGAUCUCCAGACUUUUCAUGAGAGUCCUGCAUUGGGACGUUUGGCCAAUUCCCUUUUAAAGAGAGGAAACCCCCAUGCACGAGGGGUAACUCCUUUUGUUGUCCUUCCCCCUGCACCUCCGAUAAGCACGGUUGGCUCCGUACGGUGCGAAAGAAGUUCAACAUGCAUACGUAAGAACACUCAAAAGGUUUGCGUUGGCAAACUCG